UUCAACCUAGAGACAUUUUUCCCCUAAAUACCUGAAGGCAACAUAAUUUUUGCUACAAACAGGCUUCCGUCGAUGGACAAGUUUGUCGUUCGGCUUCCCAAGGGAGAAACACCCAAACAACCGAAGAGCGGCGAGAGAGUUUACAGACAAGCUACAAUUGAGUCUCUACGGAGGGUAGUUGUGAUUGAGGACAUCCUACGUUAUAAGUCGACGCUAGAACUGCCAGAUCAGAGCAAGGAGAACCUGAUGAACGCCCUGACUGAGCUGAGCAAGAAGAUCCCAUCCAAAGAAGUGCUCAGGUCCACUAAAAUAGGUCACACUGUCGACAAAGUACGGAAGCAUCCAGACCCUGAAGUGAGUUCUCUGGCAGCAAAAGUUUACACUGACUGGAGGACUUUCAUUGAGGAGAAUUCAAAUAAGCCGUCUAUUGAAGUGCGCUCUGACAAACAGUCUGAAGGGCUCAGGAGCAACGCUCGGAGACUACUGUCUGAAGCACUGGAGGUCAAGGAGGACUCUGGUCUGAUAGACAACAUAGAGAGAGAAGUUUUCCACCAGAGCUCCCGGUUAGUCAGCAGCUCAUACAGACGGACAGUCAGGGCGCUGGUGUUCGCCUUCAAACACAACCCUGACGUCAGGAGUGAAGUAAAGGACGGCAAAAUAUCAGUCAGCCAGCUGGUUUCGAAAUACAAAAAAUAAGUGACUGCAAGACGGACGGUGACUCUGACCUAUUAUGGAAGAGAUUUUAAUGCCUGUGAAUUUUUUUAAAUUUUAUUUUUAGUCUUUCAUUGUGUUCUCUGUUGGCUGGGAAAAUGCAGAAUAUUUUUGUACUUUGAGGCACGCCAGUAAAUGUACGCUGUUUUAUGAGUAAAUGCUUUAAUUUUAAUAUGACAAGCAUAUCUCCACUUUCACAAUACUGUACCAUAUGUCAUUAAUUUUGUUUUAAAACCGAAUGAAAAAAAUGUCAAUUAAAUACAAAAUUUAUUGAUGACAUUUUUUAUUGUAAACAUACAUGUUUCAUAAUUUUUUUUAGUGUUGCCUUAGAGGUUUUUUACAGUAAAGGUUCAUUCACCAAUUAUUUAGCACAGCUCAAAUGUAGUCCUUGACGGCUAUCCUGCAACUUUUAGAUACAUCUCUUCUCAAACACACUUGAAUGGCUCAGUAAGGGGCAUAUGCAGAUCAGAAUAACUGAAUAUGAGGGACUUCAGUCAUUUGAGUCAGGUGUGAGAAAGAAUGCAUCUUAAAGUUGCAGGAUAGUAGCUCUGGACCUGGUCACCGCUGGUGCAGCUCAUUAACAGCGCUACAACGAUACUUCUGGAAGAUAAAUUGUAUCUAACACUAUUGACCCUUUAUAUGAGUUCAAUAAGUUUCCCAAAGACACUUUAUCAUGACAAGUGGAGAAGAACAGAUCAAACUUCUUUGUGGAUUCACCUCUUGUCAGUUCAACUUUGUCUGAAAAUUAAAACUCUUAAAAACAAGCA